AUGGCGCUUGGCGGUAAACGAGAAGCUGCUGGUUAUCAUUGCGUAUUUGUGUGGAAAAAAUUGCCGCAGAGUAUGAUUGAGCAGACGAAGCAAGCGCGAACGCCGUCCGUGACGCAUACUUUGUUCUCAGACUAUAUUGCGCCAUUUUUAUGUAAUAAGCUAACGCGUAUCAGCCUAAUUGGUAUCUAUGGCCUGUACAUUGCUGGAGCUUUUUAUGGAUGUUCAUUGCUGAGGCCAAAUCUAACUCCAACUCGACUGCUGGUUGACGAUUCACCGUUAACUCACUACCUGAAAUUAGCUGAGACAAAAAUUUGGUCGGAAGCAGUGGUUGGCAGAGUUUAUGUCAACAAUGCGCCCAAUUUUGCCUCCGACCCAAAGCAGAUCAACAUCAUGCUGAGACUCGCUGAGGAGCUGGAAAAUACUGCUUAUUCAGUCGGAGCAAAUUCCACACAGUUUUGGCUUCGUGAAUAUCUAAACUAUCGACAAUACUUCGAAAGUAGUGAUGAGGAAUUUUACGAUACGCUAGAAUCGUUCCUCAAAAUAUCGUUUAAUUCGCACUGGAACGCGUACCUACUGUGGAAAGCAGACCCGACAAAACCAAAGAAACGAUAUGUAAGCCGUUUCUUCUUCACUACAGCUUUCAAAAUCAAGGACUGGACCGUACGCACAACGCUGCUUCUACAGUGGCGCAAUAUAACUCGCCGCUAUGCCAGCUACGAAGCAUUGAUGCUUGAACUUCAGUCGACGACACUUUCGUCACUAGGUGCCGCAAUUCUGGCCAUGAUUACUGUCUGUAUCUUGUUCAUUGCUGACAGCGCCAUCGUUUUCUGGGUGGUUUUCUCGAUGGUUUCCAUGGAUAUCGGUAUUGCUGGCUAUCUAUCGCUUUGGGGAGCUGAUUUGGAUCCUACCACUGUCGUUAACAUUUUGAUGAGUCUUGGCUUAUGCAUUGAUUUCGCGACACAUGUUGGCUAUCGUAUAUAUCGGAGCAAGUGUCUGGAUCCGGACGAGCGUAUGCGUGAUGCACUUGGUGCAAUUGGUUGGCCGGUGGUUCAGGGUGGCACAUCGACAUUUCUGGCCAUUAUCGUGAUGAUGCUGGUGCCUUCACAUGUUGUACGGAUGUUUGCGCGAACAUCAGUUCUUGUUGUUCUUACGGGUCUAUUUCAUGGCGUUGUAUUGCUACCAGUUAUUAUCCGAUCUUUUGCUUCGUUUUCUUCAGACACAUGUCAGACGCGCCCUCCCUUGAAAUAA